AUGAACAAAUUUUUAAUUAUUGGAUCUGUAUGGAUAACGAUCGUGACGGUGGUUUCCAGUGUACCUGUACCAAACAUACCUGGCUUGGAUCAUUUAAUAAGUGGCUUUGAUGCAUCAAAAAUGAAAAGUAUUUCUGAACUGGAAGUAGUCAGUCAAGAUGAUAAAAUAAAAGCAGCAAUAUUUGAUUUGAGUGAACUUGGUCAACCGUAUGUGCUAAAAACAAAUGGACAUACACAAGUGUUUCAAACACCACUCGCUGUACAAGUCACAGAUGUCAGUCGAAGAAGAGAGAAUUAUUGUGAAACAAUUGCUAAAAGAGCUUAUAAUUCAACGAAAGACAAGCAACAAUCUAUUGGUAUCUCAGGACGAUGGUGGGGAAUGUAUUCGAUGCAACUACCACCAGCAUUCUUGUUACCUUUUAGCCGAUAUUUCAAUCAAAGUAUUCAACGACUUCAACAGAUUGGCAUUCCGACUAGCGAAGGGCAACAAACAACUUAUAAUAGCGUAGUCAGAGCCUACGGAACACACUAUAUAUCAUCUGUCAUUGUUGGUGGUACAGCAUUCAUGUAUACAUUUGUCAAUACAUCAUACAGUAGCAGUCAAUCAUAUGAAAAAGUUUCCGAACAAAUAUCACUUACUUUUCAGUACAAACAAUACGCCUUGUCAGGUAACCAUACCACUGGUAGUAUUUCUGAAAGGUUGUCGAAAGAAUUUUUGAAAAAUUCGAAUGACAUGACGGAAUUUUAUCCACCUGUUCAACCAGAACAAGGUAAAUCAGAAUGGGAGGCUUGGUUAAAUCAAGCUUGGCAACAACCUGUAGCUGUUAAUCGAACGGUUUCUCCAAUCAUUGAUUUGGUAGUUGAUUACCCUGAUGUCCAAACACAUCUACAAAAAACAAUUGACUACUGCAUACAAUUCAACAAAUAUCCAACAUUACAACAAUUACAAUGAACUUAAUACGAUAAAAUUUGAAGGUUAUUUCUUGUUAUGAAUAACUGACGAAACUAAAUGAAAAGUGAUUUUCAUAACUUUCACAUUUCAACAAUCGCUAAAAACGAGUUUAUUGUAUCAACUUUAAAUAGAACAAUAAAAAAAUUCAUGAAUGUCGUUAAAAAAACAGCGAUUGCAACCGUUCAUUUAGCACUUAAAAUUGCAAAGCAAAACAGCUGUUUUGAUUUUAUUACGGAAAUUUUCGGUAGUACAUUCGAUCGCGCCUGUACAUUCAUGACCACAGAUUGACACUGGCUUUUCAGUCCAUUAUAUGAAAGUGAUGAACAGGUUGGUCAAUAUGUUGAUCAAACCGGAUGGAAUGUAGACAUUGUUGUUCGUAUUGAAUUUUAUAUUCUAGAUGUAGAUUAGUUGAUGAGAGAAGAUUGAACGUAUUGUAAAUGAUCACAAAACUGAAUCGAUUUAUAUUCUGUACUGAUAUUUUGAUAGAGCCAUGAUAGAGGGCAUGGUAAAUUCCGCUUUCCAGGAAAUUCAAAUUUGACUGCACCUCAAGUGAAGAAUGAUUUCAAGAAGGGUAUGGUAAGGGUUGGGUUGAGUUGAGAAUGUAAGGGAUGGGAUGGGUUGCGAUGGGUUGGGUUGCAUUGGGUUGAGUUGUAUUGAGUUGGGUUGGAUUGAGUUGUAUUGGGUUGGGUUGGGUUGGGUUGGGUUGGGUUGGGUUGUAUUGGGUUGGGUUGGGUUGGGUUGGAUUGGGUUGGGUUGGAUUGGAUUGGGUUGAGUUGUGUUGAGAUUGUAUGGGAUGAAAUGGGAUGAGAUGGGUUGGGUGUGGGUAGGGUGUGGGUGUGGAUGUGGGUGCUGUUUUCUUUUAAGUCACACCCCACACCUACACCCACACCCACACCCACACCCAUACCCAUACCCACACCUACACCUACACCUACACCCACAUCCCACACCCAUGUCCACACCCACACCCACACCCACACCCACACCCACACCCACACCCACACCCACACCCAC